CAACCCCCCACGCCCACCCCGUGGGUUCCCGGAGCUCUGGGGCCCGCCGGAAGCGAGUGCGUACCUGGACCCUUUGGAGGGGACUGGGCGGGUUCUGGGGACUCCGGGCAGGCCUCUGAGCCGCGGACGCCCGAGCCCGCCCUGGACCCGGGCUCCUGCUCUCCCCGUCCGCGACUCGGGGCUCACGAGUGUCUUUCACUUCCAGUCCGGGCGAGAUGGAACUGCGACCGUGUCAGAAAGCCGGAUGACCAAACCGUUAACCCUCAGUCCAAGUGCAGCUUUGGGCCCGGGGCUGUCGCUGUUGAACGCGCUGAAUUUAGAGGGGGUGGAGGGAAGACCGAAACGAAGCAGCGAACACUCUCCUGCCGACCGCCGCGAGUGGCAGCCGCGGUCCAGACGGGCCCGGACGGUGUAGAAAGCACUACUUUCACCGAGGCCGAGGCCAGCAGCCCCUCUGCGCUCGCUCUUACCGCGGCCCCAGUUCACCCGGUGGUGACCGCGGAGUGCCUAGGGCAUCCUGCGGGAGUGGUACGGGUGUGCGUGCUUCAGAACGGAAUCUCCCUUCCCAGAAGAGGAUGAGCCAUGCGGAAAGGAAUUAGACAAAGCCCCCCGCCCGCCCCGCCCCCUUUGUUGUCUUCUUUUGAACCUGUAAAAAAAAUGGCCUUAAAAAGCAUUUGGGGCUACUUAGGAGAGUGCAUUUUUUUCUGGCCAGAGCGUCACGCAGGCUUCUUUUGCCCGACAGCUUUGAGGGAGCAGAGAGCGGAGUGCAGGCGAAAUGGCCCUGGUGCCCUAUGAGGAGACAGCGGGAGUGGGCUUGCAGAAAUUCCACAAGCCUCUAGCCACCUUCUCCUUUGCCAACCACACCAUCCAGAUCCGGCAGGACUGGAGACAGCUGGGAGUCGCAGCCGUGGUGUGGGACGCCGCUGUCGUUCUUUGCACGUAUCUGGAGAUGGGAGCUGUGGAGCUCCGGGGCUGCUCUGCUGUGGAGCUGGGUGCCGGCACCGGGCUGGUGGGCAUAGUGGCGGCCCUGCUGGGUGCUCAUGUGACUAUCACGGACCGAAAAGUAGCAUUAGAAUUUCUUAAGUCAAAUGUUCAAGCCAACUUACCUCCCCAUAUCCAACCCAAAGCUGUUGUUAAGGAGCUGACCUGGGGACAAAAUUUGGGGAGUUAUUCACCUGGAGAAUUUGACCUGAUACUUGGAGCUGAUAUCAUAUAUUUAGAAGAAACAUUCGCAGAUCUUCUUCAGACUUUGGAACAUCUCAGUAGCAAGCGCUCUGUGGUUCUUUUAGCUUGCCGAAUUCGCUAUGAACGGGACAACAACUUCUUAGUGAUGUUGGAGAGGCAAUUUACUGUGAGUAAGGUUCACUAUGAUCCUGAAAAAGAUGUACAUAUAUACAAAGCACAGAAGAGAAACCAGAGGGAGGACUUAUAGUUGGCUUUAAUUUAUAAGAAUGUUGUUAUUGAGUGCCAGUGAAGGUCUUUGACUGGGAAUUGAACCAUAUUUAAUGAAAUGGAUUACUGAACGAAAAGUCUAACCAACGGUUCUCAAGGGCCAAAGCACACGGUUAAAACAAAGCAGAAUUUUGUUCCAUUGCUGUGACAUUUCAGUCCUAUUUGACUCUGAAAAAUUCAGCUACCAUUAAAGGAUUAUGAGAGA